AAAUUGUUUUUAUUUUCCUUGUACUUAUGUUACAUCUUUCAAACUUCUUUUUUACUAUAAAAGGAAAAUGUCAAUUUAGCCUUUUUGUAAGAUUCAAACUUAUGAACAUGACGAAAAUUUUAUAUAUAUAUAAAUAAUUUCAUGCAGGUGAAAAGCUUCGGCCAUGAACGUUCUGAAAAUCUCUUCUGCUCCACUUCACUUCACUACCAAAGUGAACAAAUCCCAAUUUCCGAAGCAAUGUUUGCAGAUUCCUCUAUUCUCCUCAUCGUUUUCUUCAUCGGUUAACAGACGCAAUCGAAGAUUCAAGCUCUGUGCAAGCAAAUCAACCACCAUUUCAACAGAAGAAUCUGCGAAUCCGUUUGAAGUGGAGGCCGAGAGUGAACAGCGAGAGGAGAGAUUUGAUUGGUAUGCGCAAUGGUACCCGAUCUUGCCGAUUUGUGACCUCGAUAAGAAGGUGCCGCAUGGGAAAACGGUAAUGGGGAUUGAUUUGGUGGUGUGGUGGGAUAAGAACGAGAGUGCGUGGAAAGUGUUUGAUGAUUUGUGUCCGCAUAGAUUGGCUCCGUUGUCUGAAGGAAGGAUUGAUCGGUGGGGGAGAUUGCAAUGUGUUUAUCAUGGUUGGUGCUUUAAUGGCUCUGGUGAUUGUAAGUUCAUCCCUCAGGCGCCCCCGGACGGCCCUCCGGUUCACACAUCCAAAAGGGCAUGUGUUUCUGUUUAUCCUAGCAUUGUGCAGAAUGACAUGUUAUGGUUUUGGCCAAAUAGUGAUCCCCAAUAUAAAGAUAUUAUGGUGACGAAAAAACCCCCUUACAUCCCCGAAUUGGACGAUCCGUCAUAUACUAAGUUAAUCAUUAACAGAGAUCUUCCGUAUGGGUAUGAGGUUUUGAUUGAGAAUCUUAUGGACCCUGCACAUGUCCCAUAUGCUCAUUAUGGGAUAAUAGGAAGACAACAGACCAAGAACAGGAAAGCAGAUAGAGAAGGAGGAAAACCAAUUGAAAUAGUUGUGAGAGACUUCGAUGUACAUGGUUUCAUCAGUAAUCAGGAAGUGGGAAAUAGCAAGUUUGUUGCACCUUGUGUACUCUACACUUCUUUUAAUCUACCUUCUAAGGAAAGAAAUUCAAGACAUCAAGACAAUGGAACUCUCUUAUUGGCUGAAAACAAUCCGGUGACCCCAAGCACAUCUCAGAGGAAGACGAUGGUAGUAUUUAUGUGUAUUCCCAUUAGUCCGGGUAAAAGCAGAGUAAUAUUUAUACCUCUGAGAAAUUUUGCCAUAUGGGUUAACCGAAUUAUUCCAAGGUGGAUGUUCCAUUUGGGACAAAACCUCGUCUUAGAUUCAGAUUCGUAUCUUCUUCAUGUGGAGGAGAGGAAGAUAUUGGAUGUUGGCCCUUCGAAUUGGCAGAAAGCUUGUUUUCUACCAACCAAGUCAGACGCCAAAGUGGUUGCCUUGAGAAGGUGGUUGAACAAAUAUUCUGAUGGCCAUGUUGACUGGAGAGGCAAGUUCAGUGGCAUUCUUCCCCCAUCGCCUCCAAAAAAAAAGCUGAUGGACAGGUACUGGUCUCAUGUGGUGAACUGCAGCAGUUGCAAGGUGGCAUAUAAGGUCCUCAAUGCACUAGAAGUUGUAUUGCAGGUUAUGUCCAUUGCUUCACUUGGAAUUUUGGCAGCAACAAAGCAAAGUUUGGCAUCAGGAGCUGCUAGAGUUUUGAUGGUGUCUAUGGCUAUACUCUUCUUUGCUGCUUCAAGGUGGCUUUCUCAUUUCAUUUACAAAAACUUCCAUUUCCAUGAUUACAAUCAUGCCCUUCGGUGAAACUACCAUAGUGCCCUUUGUUGGGAUUACCACAAGCUUGAAAUAUUUAUAGAAUACAUGCUCUCUUCCUGUCUCCCUCUCAUACACACACAUAGUAAUUGUAUAGAAGCUGAUAUAUGUAUUUGUGAUAAUAGGGAAAUUUCAAUAUACAUUCCUAAAGUUCGAGAGUUGUAUCAAUUUAAAUUCCAACUAAUAAUUGUAAGUGUAUCUAUUUACACAUUCCUCCAAUUUAGUUUGAAAA